AAUGUAAACGUUUAAUUUGUAAGAGAGAGCGAACAAAAUAUGUAAUACAUGUGUAAAUCUAUAGUCUUCGUUGCAUAAAGUUUUCUUUGUUGAUCAAGUUAUUAAUAUUGUUGUAUGAAAGAUACAAUAUGAAGUUGAUGUAUAUACAAAAAUAGAUUCUUUUUUUUAUUUUUUUAAAUCAUUUGACAAGAAAGUGUCACAAUCUUUUUAGCAUGAUGAUAGAGAUUCAUCCAUUGACAAACAAUCCUACAGCAGCUUGGCAUGAAUUAUCACAACAGCAAAAAGUUAUUAAAAUAAAUACUAAACUUCCAACAACUAAAGCGCCAAAUGAUAAGCUUCGUGUUGUUUGUAUGAGUGAUACUCAUUCAUUAACACCAUUUAUAAAAUUUGAUAUACCUAUGGGAGAUGUUUUUAUACAUGCUGGAGAUUUUACAAAAUGUGGUAGUUUACAAGAAGUUAUAGAGUUUAAUGAUUGGAUUGGUAAUUUACCACACAGAAAUAAAAUUGUUAUAGCUGGUAAUCAUGAACUUAGCUUUGAUCCUACAUUUACUCAUCCCUUUUCUUUACAAACCAGUGGUAAUCGUCAAAAACAUACAGGGACCAGUAUUCUUGAUAAUAUACCUACAUUAGGGAUGUCCAAAGAUACUCUUGCAGAAGCAAUACAGACUACUAAUAUUAAAGAUUAUUUGACAAAUUGUAUUUAUUUAGAAGAUUCAGAAAUUGUAAUACAUGGAAUAAAGAUAUACGGCACUCCAUGGCAACCAGAAUUUUGUAAAUGGGCAUUUAAUGUACCUCGUGGAGAAGCAUGUCUUUCAAAAUGGGAAAUGAUACCAUCGGAUACAGAUAUUCUUGUAACACAUACGCCACCCGUAGGACACGGAGAUUUAUGUUGUAGCGGUGUAAGAGCUGGAUGUGUCGAGUUACUUUCUACGGUUCAAAAUCGAGUUAAACCAAAGUAUCAUGUUUUUGGUCAUAUACACGAAGGAUAUGGUAUCUCAUCCGAUGGAAAAAUAAUAUAUAUAAAUGCAUCAACAUGCGAUUUAAAUUAUUUACCAAGUAAUCCACCAGUAGUCUUCGAUAUAACAUUACCAUCUGGUCAUUAUAAAUCAUAAAAAAGAUUAAAUAUAGUAUUAAAUUUCAUUACAUACAAACAUAUUAAUCAAGUAUAUAUAAGAAAACAUUAAUUUAUUUAUGUAUAUAUUUUUAUGAAUUUUGUUACAUAUUACAUAUUUUUUAUAUUUAAUAUUAUCCAUCUAUUCUAGAAAAUUGCAGAUCAUAUAUAAAAAAAUUAUAAU